UCUGUUUGGCCAUCACUGCUUCUCCUUCUGUCUCUACUUUAUCGGCUAUCUAAAUUGGCCCCCUGUUCAUAAACGUACACUUUUCCAAGAACUAUCCCCAGCUCUUGACGUUCGAUUGAAAGCAAUCGUCCCCCCUGACUUUCCCAUUGCAAACAACAAUCGACUUCUCCUGAUCCCUUAGGCGACGAAGCCCCCAACAUCCCUUGGUCAGGGCCCCUUUCAGCGCUCCCCAAGGUUAGAAAUGUCUACAGCUACAGCUGAGAUGGCCUCUUCCGGCCACAAGCUCGAGAAGAAGCCCGUCAAGUUCAGCAAUCUAUUGCUCGGUGCAGGAUUGAAUAUGUUCGAGGUCACCACUUUGGGACAGCCGCUGGAAGUGAUCAAGACGACCAUGGCCGCCAAUCGAGGCGACAGUUUCGCCAGCGCUAUGGGUCGGAUAUGGGGUCGUGGCGGGAUCCUCGGUUAUUAUCAAGGUCUCAUUCCGUGGGCCUGGAUUGAGGCCUCCACCAAAGGCGCCGUCCUCCUUUUCGUCGCGUCCGAGGCAGAAUUCCGUGCCAAGGUGCUCGGUGCGCCAGACUUCCUCGCUGGUAUCUCAGGAGGUAUGGCGGGUGGUGUUGCCCAGGCAUAUGCCACUAUGGGCUUCUGCACCUGUAUGAAGACGGUCGAGAUCACCAAGCACAAGAUGGCUGCCCAGGGUGUAAAGCCUGCAAGCACCUUCGCGACAUUCAUGGAUAUCUACCGCAAGGAGGGCAUCCGUGGUAUCAACCGCGGUGUGAAUGCGGUUGCUAUCCGUCAAACUACGAACUGGGGCUCCCGUUUCGGUCUUUCUCGUCUCGCAGAAUCAGCAAUUCGCAAGGUGACCAACAAGGAAGAAGGACAAAAACUGAGUGCCAUGGAGAAGGUCUUAGCCUCCGGCCUCGGUGGUGGCCUCUCUGCUUGGAACCAGCCUAUUGAAGUCAUUCGUGUGGAGAUGCAGAGUAAGAAGGACGACCCCAACCGGCCUAAGAACUUAACUGUUGGCAAAACCUUCAAGUACAUCUACGAGACCAACGGUCUUAAGGGUCUUUACCGUGGAGUUACUCCCCGUAUAGGACUAGGAAUCUGGCAGACAGUCUGCAUGGUGGCUCUCGGUGACAUGGCCAAGGAGGCAGUCGAAAAACUGACGGGCGAUCAAGUCACCGCUAAGCACUAGAGAAGGUUUGAGAUACCCUUCUACUAUGCACAGCCCGCGGAUGACUGGGCAGUUGAGUCUCGUAUUUAAAUACGGAUGGGAUGGAAUUACCAUCAAUCACGUGUGUGGAUGGGAGUCAUAUUUCCGCCUAUAAUAGUACCUAUGGAUAGUAAUCGGUACCGAUAGUGGUAGUCUUGCCUUCGAAGGAUAAUCAAUCUACUUUUUCACUUUCAUA